AAAAAUAACAUUUGAAAUAUUAACGCUUGUUGGUACAGCCAAGGUCGAGCGUCGGUGAUCGUCGUUAGUGUGUAAAUUUUUGCUAUUAAGAUAAAUUUUGACGAUUUCGAAUUGAAUAGCAACUGAAAGAAUUGAAUAAAUUGUUAAAAACAACGUAAACACAAUGGAGAAUUCGCGCCGCUCGAUUGCGCACAGCGAGGACAGCAUUAGCAUGUAUUUGUCCUUUGACACCGAUGCAGAUGACACGCUCGCCAGCAAAUGGCAAUCAGUGAUGGCAAGCCAGACCAGCCAGUACUUGGAGAUGCAACAAAGCAUGGAUGUGGGACAACACCUGGAUGAGACACUGGGGGAGAAGAUGAUUAUAGAGAAAAAGACAGUGUUAAAGUCUCUUAUUCAAAAUGAAAGUACUAGAGAGCAGUCACCCUUGCGUCCCUUUGACCAGAGUCUCCUGAACAAACACAAUGCACUCUGCUCGACGCCCACAAAAAAUAAAACAUUAACAGACGGGCGUCAGGAUCUUUCAGUUAUUGACGCCAAUAAUAAGGAGAACACUCAACCAGAUGCAGAAAACACUACGUUGUCAUCAACCAUUGAUGGAACCGCAUCAACAGUGAAGAUCAACACACUCAAUGAUAUUUCAGUUCAAGAGAGCAACAACAAGACUAAUAAUAUUUAUCCAUUAAGCGCCGAUGUCUUGCUAGAAAACAUAACCGAAGUCUCAAAUGAAGAGCCUUCAAUGACGGUGACAUCGCCAGUUGCAGUAGUGCAGGACAAAAAGGAAUCAGAGGUUGUUAACAUGGUAAACGAAGUUUCUGAGCUAAUCAACAAAGCCUUGAAGCUAACUGAAGUUAAAAUGAAGCCCAAGGAGCAACAGAAACAAUUGCCGAAGCUGCCGACAGUUGCCUUGCCACGACCACGUCGCUCCUUCUUGCCCACAUCCAGUGGACAGACCUUCAAGCAGCGCAUGUCGAUCGUUGUAAAGACCACACUAAAUAGUCCAGCCCGUAAGCUGGCUACAUCCAAUCCCAGUGCACGCCGCAGUUUCCUACCUACCGCUAAGCCAAGCCUCAUUGGAGGUUUAGGCUAUCGCCGAUCCACACUGAUGCGUUCCACUGAGAGUAGCUGCAGCAUCAGCGCACAGACCAUGCAAACAUCUUCGGCUGUAAAAGCAUCAGCUAUCAAAUUUGAACCCAAACCUGUGGCUGAUGUGGUCAAGUUCAAAUGUCAACUGUGCAGCGCCAGCUUUCGCGUUAAGAAUCAUCUCGAUUUACAUAUGCGUAAACACAUGGACAUGAAGAAGCCGGGUGUCUGCAAGUUUUGUGACAAGAAAUUUGCCUUGGAACGUGCUCUACACAUACAUCUCAUGCAGAAUUGUGACAAGAUUCCGCCAGCCGAAAAGCGUAAGCUUCAAUACACGGAGCUCAAUCACGUGAAGAAAGCACAGCUGCCGAAAUUAGUUGUCAGCUCGCCAGCUGUUAGUGGAGCCACUCUUAAGCCGCGGGAAAGCACAGUGCCAGUGACUGCACCAGAAUCAGAAUCCCUGGCUGCAACUCCAAGAGCCGUCAAAAUGGCGCCGCCGUCGAUGAGCAAGGUGCCCAAAAAGGUGGCCCAUGCUGGCGUUUAUCGUACGCCUACCAAGACGGUGCCCUGCCACAGCUGUGGGCAGUCAUUUAAGAGCAUAAUUGACUAUACCACCCACUGUCUCACGAUGCAUUCGAAAAGUCAAAAGCAGGAAACAGCUAAUGCACCGAGUGCUCAAGAUUAAAUCAAAUACUUUAGGCUAAGUUGUGUUGAAUUUAAUGCUUAUUCUUAUAACCACCAGUCCAAAUCAAAUAUACGAUUAAACUGUAAAGCCAA